AUGGACAAUUCAAUUUCAAUGUAUCCUGUGAAUAAUCAGCAUUCAUUGUUUAUGAAUAAAACUGAUUUAUUAUUAUCUCCGGAAAGCAAUUCAUCAUCAUCAUCAUCAUGUGUAACUUGUCAUUUUCAACCAAAUAAUUAUUCCACUGUGACAACAUUCAAUUCAUCUUAUGCAAAUGAAAUGAAUAUGAAUUAUUCUACAAGUCAUCAAAUGUCAUCAAAUUCAACCAACUCACCUGAAACAUCACUAUUUACAAGAAAUAAUGUAUUUGAUUUAAAAGACAUUAGAAAUUCAAGUUUUUAUUCUGAAUCCAAUUUAUUGUCAUCAUCUGUUGAGUCGGCUUCUUUCUCCUCGACAACUUCAAUGUCAUCGUCAUCGUCCUCAUCGAGAUCAGGAACAGUGACAGCAUCAAAUUCAACGGAUGAAUUACCUUCUAUUCAAAUUCCAAUGUUACUUUCAUCUACUACUACUACAUUUGAAGUUAAUCCAGGUAAUACGCCUACUUCGAUGACAUCUAUCACAACAAUCAGCAAUAAUAAUAAUAAUAAUAAUGCGUAUGAUCUAAUGAAAUCAUCUGCUGAUAUGCAAAAUUUAUACAUGAAUCCAAUGAACUGUCACUACAAUAAUAAUAAUAAUAAUCAUAAUGAUGAUGACGGUGAUUUAGUCAAUUCAGAUAGUUCUAAUCCAUUGCAUACAUUGAAUUAUUCAAAUCUUAUUAGUUAUCCAUCAGAUAAUAAUAAUAAUAAUAAUAAUGAACAUUAUCAUCAACAUCAUCGAUUAGAUGAUUAUCCUCCGUGUUAUCAUCAAUCGAAUCAUGCAAGUCGACAUCAAAUGCCUAAUGCAUUAGACAAUGCAAAAUCACCAGAAUUCUCUUUACAUGAUUUCUACUGGAACACUGAAUCGAAUAAAAAGUCACAAUUAUCAUGUAGUGUUGACAAACCAACUAAUUCAUUUACAACAACAACAACAACUAUGAUGCUGAAUAGAAAUAAUCACACCAAUUAUUCAUUUGAUAAUCAGAAUUCUACUGUAAAUAAAUCCGAACUAUAUAAUUUAGAACAAUCGAUCACUGAUAUUAAUCAUUAUUCGAAAUUAUUAAAUUUAUCAACACAUCCAUUUAUUGAGUAUAAAAAUAAAUUUAAAACAAACAUAAUGCAACAGGAAUUGAAAAUUGAUUCCCAAUCGUCAUGUUCAGCGGCAUCAUCGGUUUUCUCUUCCGAAUCGAUUUCGUCCACAUCAUCCUCAUCAUCAACAGCAUCAACAGCAUCAACUUCUGUUACAUCAGCAGUAAUACAAACAAUGUCAUCAAUAUUAUUGGAUCAAGCAUCGAAUAACUGUAUGUAUAAUUUAAAAAAUCAAAAUGAAACACUUCCAAUCAUACACCCGGAUCCAUAUUCUCAAACAACAACAACAACAACAACAACAUUAUGGUCGAAUUUAGAUUUAUCCAUUGCUUCAAAUGCUAAUCGUAACAACACUACUACUAAUCGAAAAUUGAAAACAACUCAUGUUAUUAUGGAUUAUGAUAAACAUGAUUUUAAUCAUGAUAAGAAUAAUGAUCUCAUGGAAUCGAAUAAUCAACUGGAACAAUUAAAACAAAAUUUUGCUGAAUAUAAAUGUGAUUUGAAUAAAACUGUACAAAAAUCGACUUAUCCAAUUGCUUUAUCAUUAAGUGAUAAUAUGAACGCCACAAUUAAUGCAACAUGUGAUGAUAAAUUGAAACAACGUAAUACAACUACACUAUGGAAUAAUCAUUAUGAUUACAAAUAUACAGAUUAUGAAACAAUGUUAACAUCUAAUCAACCUUAUUUCAAUUUAUCAACUGAUUUGAAUGCAAUUCAUCAACAACAAUCAAGUAUGAAACAGAAUGAAAUGAAUUACAUAAAUGCAGUGAAUAGUGAACAUUUAACUUAUUCAAACGAGAAUAAUCCAAUGACAACACAAAGUCCAUUUGGUGAUUUCGACAUUAUACCAUAUUUGAAUAGACAUCAUCAUCAUCAUCAACAGCAACAGCAGGAGCAGCAUGAUUAUUAUUCACCUCGCAUGAAAUUGUCAUCAUUUUUACUGUCCGAUUUCAAUGACGAAUAUACUGAUCGUCGUAAUGAUAAUAAUAAUAAUAAUAAUAAUUUUUCAGAUGAUUUAAAAAAUCAUGAAUCCAGUGUAAUUCAGAUGAAUAAGUUGAAUUAUUCUACGACUGCUGCUACUGCUACUACUCCUACACCUAUUACUACAGCCACAAUCACAACAACUACAACCACUACAACAGCAACAACAAGUACUACUACUAUUACUACUACUAGUAGUAGUAGUAGUACAACUAAUGAUAUCACCAAGUUAUCUCUUAAUAAUAAUAUGGUUAAUCGUGAUCUAUUUGAUAAAUACACUCAUGAAUUAUAUAACAGUCCGGAUAAUAAUAAUAAUAAUAGUCCAUAUUCUAUGUAUACUAAUGACAAUUAUUCACAAAUAUCGAAUUAUCCUUUUUAUAUCAGUGCAACAAAUUUUUCAAAUAUCGAUUUUGACAAAAUGAAUCAUGAUUUAUCAAGUAGUAAUACAAUAGUACAAGAUCAAUUACAGUUCAACCGUUUAUCAGUCGACACUCAUGAUCAACUUGUUGAUACACAUCCUCCUCCUCAUCAUAAUCAUCAUCAUCUUCAUCACCUUCAUCAUCAUCCACAUUCUUAUUCUCAUGUUGAUUCUGUAUUGCAUCCACCUUAUCAUCUCCAACAUCAUUCAGAUCAAUACGCGUUAACGGACUUCCAUUCAGAGUGUACAACGAAUACAAUGAAUUAUUGUUCAUUAACUAAUGAAGCCAACAAUCAUUACAAUGUCUCUUCUUUAUCUCUGCCAUCAACAUCUUCAGCUUCGCCGCCGCCGACGCCGCCGCCACCUCCACCACCAACAACAACAACAACCAUGAUAUCAGAGUUCUGUGUAAAUCAUUCCAAUACAACGAUACCUUAUAAAUAUACACCAAAUAAUCUGUAUAUGAUGAAUUCAUAUGAUCCAAUGAUAUUUUUACAAGAAAUGAAUUUAGAAGCGAUCAAUUCAAAUCUUUCAAGUAGAAUUCAUUGUACUAAUCACAAACAUAAUAAUAAUAACAGUACUAAUAAUAAUAAUACUAUUACUUCCUCUACUAUGCACACAACAACCACUAGUAAUAAUCAUAACAGCAAUAAUAAUAAUAAUAAAACUAUUAAUACACAUAUUUUAACAAAUAAUCAUUGUACAACUAAACGUCAUGUCAAUGAACAGUUUAACCGUCAAACAAAUACAUACAAUUUGUUAGAACAAUCAAAUAAUUUUCUAAUGGCUGCUGCUGCUGUUGCAGCCGUCGCUGCCGGUUCCACACCGAAUGAUUUAAACAUGUCCACAGGCAAUCAAAUCCGCCGUCAACGUCGUGAGCGUACAACAUUUACUCGACAUCAGUUAUCAAUGUUGGAAGAAUUAUAUUCUAAAACACGUUAUCCUGAUGUUUAUAUUCGUGAAGAAUUAGCUUUAAAAUUACGUUUACCUGAAUCACGUGUACAAGUAUGGUUUAAAAAUCGUCGAGCAAAAGGUCGUAAUCAACAACGACAAAAUUCAACGGUUGUUGAAAAUAAUAAUUUAAAAUAA